AUGGGCACUCUAAAGAUAACAAAUUCUGAUGCUUUGGUGUCACCAAUUGAAGAUGUGAUGAAUAAAAGGGAGAGUUCAGAGUAUGAAAGAAUUUUGGGCUACAUGUCUUUAAAAAUGGAACUAGCUACCAACAUGAAAGCCCUCGCACUCUUCUUCGCACUUUCCCUCGUCUAUCUCCUCCUCCCCAACCCAACUCACUCCACGCGCAACCCCAUCCGCCUCCCCGCCGCCGCGUCCGGCCCUCCGGUGUUGGACAUCGAGGGAAACGAGGUCCUGCCCGGCCAAACUUACUACAUACGCUCCUGGAAGUGGUCCCAUGGAGGAGUGAGACUCGUUAGUUUGGACGGGUCGACGACCCUAUGCCCAAGCGACGUGAUCUUAGGGGACGAAGUGGACAACGGAAACCCCGUUUCGUUCACGCCGGCGGACCCGGACGCCCCCGUUAUCUUGGAGUCGACUUUCCAGAACAUGAAAUUCGAUUUCCCGAUGGUUAAACUUUGUGUAAAUAACGUUUCUUGGGAGGUUGAGUACGACGCAAAAUCCGGGCAACGUUUCGUGACGGCCGGUGAUGUUUUCUCGUACCCGUUCAAGAUUGAGCCCGUCGCACGGAUCCUUCCGGCUUACAAUAUCACUUAUUGUGAGUCCGGGACCGACAACAACUGCAAUAUCGUUGGCAAAUACUACGGUCCCGACCUCCGGCAGCGUUUGGCUCUGAGUACUGAUGAACCCUGGGUUGUUUAUUUUCAGAAACCUCAUCAAGCUCCCUAG